AUGGCGCUUCGCGUCCCCUUCGCGGGCCGCGCCGCACACGCGCCCUUGGCCGGGCUGAGGCCCAAGCAGGUGGCCCCGCGGCGGCCUGGGCGCCUGGUCGUCCGCGCCGACAGCGACAACACCACUGACUCCACGAACACCCCGCCGCAGCCACCAACCACCGCGUCCGCGAACGCACCAGAGCAGGCGCCCUCGACGUCACCAGCCGCUCCGCCCACCCAGCAGGCGCCGCCCGCGGCUCCCUCGGCCCCGUCUUCAGCGAGCGCGUCCUCCGACGUCGGAGCGGGCGCUGUCCCUAGCCCUGCGGCCCAGGCAAUCGCGAAGCAGCGCGCGAUUAAGGCGGAGGCGGAGGAUGAGGAGGUCCUGGACGCGCGUGAGCUGUCCACCGCGGCAGUGCCCGCCGGACCCAAGAUCGCGAUCCCGGACAAGGUGGUCCGCGCGGGCGUGGGUGUCGCGACGGGCCUGUUCGGGCUGACGGUGGUCGUCACCGCGGUCCGGCUGUUCCGCAAAUACACCAGCGGCCCGCAGCGCCGCCGGCGCAACGUGAAGAAGAACAGCCUCGUCGUCGAGGGGCUGAGGGCCUUCCUGCCGGACCGCAGGAGCGAGUUCACGAGCAAGGAGGCGAAGAAGUUGAUGCGGCAGACGGGUUUCUCGGGCAUGGAGGUGUUCCGGAAGUACCUGAACUUCGUCAUCAAGGACCGUCAGUUUGACGAGCAGGCUGUGGCGGACCUCGUGAAGCUCAAGGAGAGCCUGGGCCUCUCCGACGAGGAGGUCGCCGAGGCGCUCAAGGGCCGCGGCGAACGCAUCAUGCAGCGGUACGGCUACAUCAUGGUGGACAAGGAGCUCGACGGGCUGUCGUCGAGCGGGCUGCAGACCAAGGCCGCGCUGAACGCCAUGUUUGCCAAGCUGCUCUACCUGUCCGAGCACCACCCGCUCAUCGACCAGAACUCCGAGGCCAGGGCGAACCUCUCGAUUCCCGACGUGUUCAAGUGCCCCGAGUGGAAGGCCGAGCGGCUGCGCAUCGUGUCGCUCGUCGACAUGGACAUGCGUGAGGUCGAGCGCCUGGCCAUGACGGGCGGCGCCGUCGGCGCGGUCGCGGGGGGGGUCCGGGCGCUGGGUGAAGCCGCGGCCGGCGAAGGCGGGGCCGACGCCGCGGACGCCGGCGGGGACGCUGGCGGGGACGCUGAUGGAGACCCCGACGUCGACGAAGAAUGA